CCUUGGCUUCAUAUUCUCUCGUCUCACUUCCUUCUCUACACUUUCUACUCUUGCCACUGGCAAAGUGAUAGUUUUUCCUUUUCUCGUGGUUAAUCCCCGUCCAUUUUCCCCAUCUCCUGGUCGAAAGAAAAUCAUCUCUAUUUCCUAUAACCUCGAUUUCCGCUCUCGCAAACAUGGUCAUACCGGGCACCACACUAGUCACCAUACCGGUCCCCUCCUUCCCCCAAAACCGUCGCCGCAUGCGUCGCGGGGCACGCAAACGCCACGCCCUCUCCCGCAAAGUCGAUCCGCGCGACGAGUACCGUGAGGGCGCCUUCUUGGCACACGACACGGCGUUCUUGCCCCUCUCACCCCCCUUCCCACGCGGCGGCGCACAGCCACAGUCGCUCGAUCGCAGCUGGCUGGCAUGGAUGGCGCACGAGGUGCGGCGCGAGGAGGAGGACGAGCAGUGCCGCCUCUUCGGGGGCGAUGCAGACGAUGACGCGUUGCGCGCUCUUGGCAUCUUGUACGAUUCCAUCCGCGAUGACGGCGAGAAGAAGAGCGAGGCACCCCCACCGGCGUCUGGAGUUUCCACUGCUGGCAUCAACAACGAGAACAACGACAAGGACAACGACAAGGACAACGACAAGGACGAGGGCAACGACAAGGACGAAGACGAGGACAAGGAUAUUAACUUCCCCCCUCUCCCCUACGGCCUCCACAACGUCCUUUCCAAACCAGCAAAACUCACAAAAACAAUGAGACGACACAACUCCCGGCGCACACCCCUGACCAUCCCCACGCCCCCCCUCUUGUCCUCCUACCUCCUGGACGACUCUGAGAUCCUGCGCCUCACCGCUAUGCAAUCCCCCUCGCCAGCGAAGCAGCCAAACCAACACCAGUCAUUACCAACACACGCGUCGUUCCCCACGCAAUUCCCCGUCCCCCUCCACACCCCCGGAGCGACGACAGACCGCACAGACAAGCCCACAGCAACUAUCAUCACCACCACCAAGCUCGCCGACCCAUCAUGGACCCUCAUCCCCCAAGACCCAGACUGGGUCCUCCUAGACGAUGACUCGUAG